AUGGCAUCAAGCCACAGUUCUUCACCAGUGCCUCAGUCAAACAGCAGAGAUGCUUUCUUUAAAAAGGAAAUGGAUUCUGCUAAACGCUUUCGACCUGUGCAAUCACUGCCUGAUGUAUGUCCCAAGGAACCUACAGGUGAUCCUAAUAGUUUAGAUGACAGCCCAUCUCUAGUUGCAGAUCAGCAUAGAUGGACAAUUUAUCAUUCCAAAGUAAAUCUCCCAGCGGCGCUAAAUGAUCCUAGGUUAGCAAAAAGGGAAUCCGAUUUCUUUACAAAAACAUGGGGACAGGACUUUGUGGACACAGAAGUCGCACCUUCAUUCUACCUCCCACAGAUCAACAAGGAAAAUUUUGCAUUAUAUCAACAGGAAAUCAUUCAGAGAGAGAAGAUUCAUGAAAGAUGCAAGAAUAUUUGUCCUCCUAAAGAUACCUUCGACAGGACUCUCUUACAUACUCAUGAUAAAUCCAGGACAGAUCUGGAACAAGUACCUAAGAUUUUUAUGAAACCAGAUUUUGCCUUGGAAGAUUCCUUAACGUUUAAUGCCGUUUUACCAUGGUCUCACUUUAAUACUUCUGGAGGAAAAGGAAAUCGUGAUGCAGCUUCCUCAAAGUUGCUGCAAGAAAAGCUGAGCCAUUAUCUGGAUAUUGUGGAAGUAAAUAUUGCUCAUCAAAUUUCUCUACGCUCAGAAGCAUUUUUUCAUGCAAUGACCUCUCAGCAUGAAUUGCAGGACUACCUCAGGAAAACCUCCCAGGCUGUAAAAAUACUUCGAGAUAAAAUCGCCCAAAUUGAUAAAGUGAUGUGUGAAGGAUCUCUUCAAGUUUUAAGACUAUCACUCACCAGAAAUAACUGUGUGAAAGCGUACAAUAAACUGAAGUUAAUGGCUACUGUACACCAAACACAGCCUACAGUACAGCUGUUGUUGUCCACUUCUGAAUUUGUUGGCGCAUUGGACUUAAUAGCAACAACGCAGGAGGUACUUCAGCAGGAACUUCAGGGCAUUCACAGUUUCCGGCAUCUUGGAUCACAGCUUUGUGAGUUAGAAAAACUCAUAGAUAAAAUGAUGAUUGCAGAGUUUUCUACUUAUGCUCGUAGUGAUUUAAAUAGACCAUUUGAAGAGGACUGUCAGAUUCUAGAAGAGGAAAGACUUAUAUCACUAGUGUUUGGACUUUUAAAACAAAGAAAGCUCAAUUUUUUUGAAAUAUAUGGUGAUGAAAUGAUUAUUACAGCAAAGAACAUAAUUAAACAGUGUGUGGUUAGCACGGUAUCGCAGAUAGAAGAGAUAGAUACAGAAGUUGUCGUUAAGCUUGCAGAUCAAAUGAGGAUGAUGAAUUUUCCUCAGUGGUUUGAUCUACUGAAGAAUAUUUUUUCUAAAUUUACGAUCUUUCUCAAAAGAAUUAAGGCAACCUUAAAUAUUAUUCGUAGCGUGGUUCUCUUGGUUCUAGACAAGAACCAAAGGACCAGGGAAUUGGAGGAAACUUCAGUACAGAAGAACCCUGCAAAAGACAAUGCUGUGGAUACAGAAGUAGCUUAUCUGACUCACGAAGGCAUGUUUAUAAGUGAUGCAUUCAGUGAGGGGGACCUCCCAUCUGUAGCAGUUGACACUACCUCUCAAAGAAAUACUUCUCCAAGCAGUGAGCCCUGCAGCAGUGAUUCAAUAUCUGAGCCAGAAUGCACUACUGACUCUUCGUCCAGCAAAGAACAGAUGCCAUCUUCUGUUAUACCAGGGGGAGUAGAGAUGAUGAUCAGUGAAGAUCUGAAACUGACUGAUCUGGAGCUGGAAAAACUGGCAAAUAACAUUCAAGAGCUACUUUACGGUGCCUCUGACAUCUGCCAUGAUCGUUCUGUCAAGUUCCUCAUGGCAAGAGCAAAGGAUGGCUUCCUGGAGAAGUUGAAUUCCAACGAGUUUGUUGCCCUAUCUCGAUUAAUGGAAGGAUUUAUCUUAGACACUGAACAGAUCUGUGGCAGAAAAAGUAUGUCAUUGCGAGGAGCACUUCAGAGUCAAGCCAAUAGAUUUGUGAAUAGAUUUCAUGAGGAGAGAAAAACAAAACUCAGUUUGCUGCUAGAUAACGAGCGCUGGAAGCAAGCUGAUGUUCCUGCUGAGUUUCAGGAUCUUGUUGAUUCUGUAUCAGAUGGCAAAAUUAUUCUACCUGAAAAAAAAGCAGGGGCUGCUGAAGAAAGAAAGCCAACUGACGUCCUUAUUGUUGAAGAACAAAAGUAUGCUGUGGUUGGGACAGUGUUGCUAUUAAUAAAAAUAAUACUUGAGUACUGCCAGUGUGUGGAUAACAUCCCUUCUAUUACUACUGACAUGCUUACUCGUCUGUCUGAUUUAUUGAAGUAUUUCAACUCCAGAAGCUGCCAGCUAGUUCUCGGAGCAGGUGCAUUGCAAGUUGUUGGUUUGAAAACAAUAACUACAAAAAAUUUAGCUCUCUCUUCACGCUGCCUGCAGCUGAUCGUACACUACAUUCCUAUUAUCAGGGCUCAUUUUGAAGCUCGACUGCAGCCUAAACAAUUUAGCAUGCUCAGGCAUUUUGACCACAUUACUAAGGAUUAUCAUGACCACAUAGCUGAAAUUUCAGCAAAGCUUGUAGCCAUAAUGGAUAGCUUAUUUGACAAACUGUUAUCAAAGUAUGAGGUGAAAGCUCCUGUUCCUUCAGCCUGCUUCAGGAAUAUUUGUAAGCAAAUGGCAAAGAUGCAUGAAGCUAUAUAUGACCUCCUCCCUGAGGAGCAAACACAGAUGUUGUUUUUAAGAAUUAAUGCAAGCUACAAACUCCAUUUGAAGAGGCAGCUGGCCCACUUAAAUGUAGUCAAUGAUGGAGGACCUCAGAAUGGAUUGGUUACAGCAGAUGUAGCUUUUUACACUGGAAACCUUCAAGCUUUGAGAGGCCUUAAAAAUCUGGACCUAAACAUGGCUGAGAUCUGGGAUCAGAAGAGGUGA